AUGAUUGAUCUACUCUCUCGCUGUGGACGAUUCAAGGAAGCUGCAGAAUACAUCACGAGCUUGCCAUUCGAUCCUGAUAUUGGGUUCUGGAAGGCAUUGUUCGGAGGGUGUAGAAUAGAUUCGAACGUAGAAUUGGGAGCAUUGGCAGCACGAAAGAUCGUAGCUUUGGAUCCUGGGUGUGACGUUUCGACUUAUGUAAUGUUGUCGAAUGCUUACUCUUCGGCGGGAAAUUGGGGUGAGGCAUCAUAUGUAAGGAGAGAGAUGAAGGAGAAAGGGCUAAUGAGGGUUUGUGGAUGCAGUUGGAUUGAAAUCAAAGGUGAAGUUCGUGUUUUCACUAAUAGAGACGAGAACUGUAAGCAGAAGGAUGAUAUUUACACAAUGCUGAUUUUUUUGGUUGAGCAAUUGGUAGUGGCUACUACUGGCUAG